AUGGCGCAGGGCAAGAAGAAGCUCCCGGCGCGCCAGCGGGCCGCCGCCAAGCAGAAAGCCGCCGGGGCCGCCGCCGUCCGGGGCCCGCGCAAGGGAGGCCGAAUAAUCGCUCCCAAAAAAGCUCGAGUGAUCCAGCAGCAGAAACUGAAGAAGAACCUUGAGGUCAGCAUCCGUAAGAAAAUCGAGCAUGAGGUGGUGAUGAAGGCCAAUGCCAACCAACCCAAGAAACUGACCCUGCUGAAGACACCAAAAGCAGAGGCCAAGAAGGAGGCUGGACCCUCCAGCCAGCCCUAGCUGCCCUUCGUGUUGGUGGC